ACUCAUUCAUUAGACUAUUGGAUUAUUGCAGACCAUAAGAACUUUCCAAAAAUUAGAUAGCGAUUCAGCUUAUGACGCAAAACGGAUUUUGUGAUGUAUUUUGCCCUUUAAUGAUGCAGGCCCUACGGAAACGUCUGAAUACUGCAGCUAUCGUUGUUGCCAUUGACGAUUUAUGAUCUUUACUAAAUCGGUGAUGAUAGUUCUUUCGGCAAAGAAAAUGAUGAUUAUUUAUGUGUUGUAUGAUUACUUUUUUGAUAGUAUAAUUUCCGAUCCGCAAAUCGCUGUCAAGUUUAUGGCCAAACAACACAAGUAUGAGAGGCUGAAGGACUUUCGUCUCGGAAAUGUGUUUCAUCAGCUGUUCGGCCACGCAGCUGGUACGGCCAGCGGUGAGGCACACAAACGCAUACGCAGUACUUUUGACCGGUGUUACAGUGCAGAGAGCGUGUCACAGUCAGUGGACAUGAUGGAGCAAGAAUGCAAACAGCACUUACGACUGAUCUUGGAAGAGAGAAAGGGUGUUUUUACGAUGGAUGACUUGAUUCUGCUGACUUUUAGAAUGCUAAUGAAGUUCACGUACGGGAGAAAUGUUUCUGAAGAGGAGCUACAAGAAUUAAUUGAGCUAAGAGCAUUAGUGGGCACUCUUAUCGCAAAUACCUUCACAAACCCUUUUUACAAAUACUUACCGACCGAUACAAACAAGAGAUUGGCGGAGUUUGAAAGACGGUGGCUACAGUUCAACAAGUGUUUCGAAAAGCGCUUUUUAGAGGGAAAGAUGCAAGACACAAACUGUGCUUUUUACAAGAUCCAACAAACCCUUGUUAAAAAUCCUGGUGCUCUAUCACAAGAAGAGUUUCAAGAAACUCUGGAGGAAGCCUCCUUGGCUAAUGUGGAUAUCACGUGUGGUGCCACUGCCUGGCUUCUGUUUCACGUGGCUCUUCAUCAAGAUAUUCAAAAAGAACUAACAGAUGAGAUUACGGACUCAACUUCACGACUUUCAGGACCACUGAGUUUAGACUUUCUCAGCAGAAUGGAUUUCUUGGGUAAAGUAGUGAAGGAAUCGGCAAGAAAACGGCCCGUGAUGGCUAUUAGCACCCCGGAAUAUGUAACUUGUCCAAUGGCGAUCGGAGAUUUUCACAGUCCCCCAGGGGUUGAAGUAUCCAUUGACAACAGUGCAGUAAACAGCAACACGGGAGUCUGGGGCGAUACCGAAACUUUCAAUCCCCGACGAAAAACCGCUGAUUGGCUGAAAAUCCGCUGCCUUGGAGCAUGCUCAAGCGCUCGCCGCUGACAACUUGCGGCUGCAAACGAGUUUCGAAAAUGUCUGAACAUUUUACAAGCGGGAGCAUCGAACAGCAAGAAAUAUUGUGGAUUUUUACCCAGUUAGA